CUGUGACUAUGUUUAGGAAUAAGUCUGCCUGGUUUUCAAGUAGUGUGCCACAGGCAUGUGGCAACUUCUGGAUGCUGGAAGGUGGGACCGUUGCUGGUUGGAGGACAGCAGAUUAUCUUUUCAGUGAGGAUGCUACGUGUCCAGAUACUCUGAGGAUAUUUCAGAGCAAAGAUUAUCUCUGGAACAAGGUGACAGUUUUUCACAGCUUGUUUCUGUCCACCUGUGAGAAGCGCCGCAGUGUAAAGUCUGUGUGCAUUGGUCAUUAUGUGCUGCCUCCAGCCUCAGUACAGGACGAAGUGAGAAACGUGGUAGGGAGGUUGAUUUGGGAGUGUGAAAAUGAGCUGUCAGUAGCACAGAGUUCCAUUAGUAGUUUUGGUUGCCAGACAGAAGAUGAGUACAGUGAAGGAGAAGCCAGCAGAGGCAAUUGUGAACCAUCUGACACAGAGCCAUCAGAAAGUGAAGCCACUCUGUGCAGUCAUUUGCAGGAUUAUCCAGUCGGUAACAGGCUUACAGGUUAUGUCAGCAUGGACAACCUGCAGAAAUAUUCAGGAGACCUGUGUGAUUUCCAUCCUGCGUGUUUCCGAUGCUCCAGCUGUGAAGUCCACACAUCAGCAAACAAGAACUAA